GAAAGUGAAGAUGAGACUCCUCCCAAGGUGAAUCUUGAUGAUGACUUCUUUAUUGACACAAGUCCAAGCACAGGUAACAAAAAUAAUGACUAAUUAUAUUGUGGAGACUGAAUCAGGUCGCAAUUCAAGUCGCUCACCCAGCGACAGGGUGCGGUGAGAGGCACGGCUGUAUUCGCAAGCUAUGUUCAAACGGCUUUAUUCUAAAGUUCACGCUAAAGGAUUUCAUCCACAAGUUAGAACCGCAUACUACAUAAAUAAAUAAAUGGUACCCUGUAUGAAGAGGUUUCAUUUGAAUCGUCACACCAUAGAAUUUCACCCGCACACUCGGAAGGUACAUUAGCCUGUCCACAGACGUUUCUUCUUGUUUCUUGGACGAAUUUUUGCGAGUGCCGAGAAAAUCAGAAGGAGCGCUAGCGGUUAAUAAACCCCCCGCGGUUUUCAUUUUCAUACGCGCGUUCGACUGAAUCUCUAGAAAAAUAAAGGGUCUCUGAACAGGCUUAAAGAAGACCGACAUACGAAAUAAAUAGUACCAUGUGAAAGUACUGCUGAAGAGGUUUCAUUUGAAUGGUUACACCAUAGGAUUUCAUCCACGGACUCAAACGUUAGAACAACAUACUAAAUAAAUAGUACCAUGUGAAAGUACUGCUGAAGAGGUUUCAUUUGAAUGGUUACACCAUAGGACUUCAUCCACAGACCCUAAAGUUUGAACUACAUACUAAAUAAAUAGUACCAUGUGAAAGUACUGCUGAAGAGUUUUCAUUUGAAUGGUCACACCCUAGGAUUUCAUUCAAAGGCUGAAAUUCUGAAAUUAAUUCGUGGAGAGAAAAUGUUAAAAUAUAAUGUCAGGUUUAUUUUCCUUUAUCUUCUUAUUUAAACGACAACGAGAAAUUGUGUUUGGUGCUUUAAGUUUUAACUUGCUCUCUUCUUUUUUUAUCAGAGCCCCCAACGUUCGAGGAAGAAUCCAGAAAAAAGAAAAAGAAAACUAACAAGACACGCAAACGAUCGCAGUUUAAAUUUGAGAAAAAGUAG